CCUUUACAAUGCAGACUGUCAAUUUAAGAGCCUCAUCAUCCUCUGAACAAUCACACCCGGACCACAAAACGACUGCAACAUGUCAUCACGACCAAUCAGAAUCACCUCUGCAGAGCAAACUAUCACCUUCAAUGUUGGGGGUCAUGACCCCAGAAAAUCCAGCACAGUUCUGGACCUGGUGAGCGGCUGCCAUGACCAGACCUCCUAUACCGAUGCUGACCGUCCUUCAUCCAAACCCUGGGAUGCAGGACAACUUCCCAAAGUCCAUUUGCCCACAAAGACCAGCGAGGACAGACGUGGAGAAAUGUCUUCACGGUUCAUUAGCUUACUGAGGAUUCCUCUCCUCUUGCUCUUGCUCUAUGGGUUUGUGUGCUCACUGGACAUCCUAAGCUCUGCUUUCCAACUGGCUGGAGGUAAAGUGGCUGGAGACAUUUUCCAGGACAAUGUCAUCCUGUCCAACCCUGUAGCAGGACUCAUGGUGGGGAUUCUGGUCACGGUUCUGGUCCAGAGCUCCAGUACUUCCACAUCCAUUAUAGUCAGCUUGGUCUCAUCUGGAUUGCUUGAAGUAAAAUCUGCUGUCCCCAUCAUCAUGGGCUCCAACAUCGGCACGUCUGUCACCAACACCAUCGUCGCCCUGAUGCAAGCAGGAGAGAGGAACGAGUUUAAACGGGCGUUUGCUGGGGCGACGAUCCAUGACUGUUUUAACUGGCUGUCGGUGCUGGUUUUGCUGCCGGUGGAGGUGGCGUCUGGUCUGGUGAGUUACCUGGCCAAAGUCACUGUCGGCAGCUUUCAGCUGCACAGCGGACAAGAAGCACCCGAACUACUGAAGACGAUCACUGAGCCCUUCACCAGACUCAUCAUACAGCUGGAUAAAUCAGUGAUAACGGGCAUCGCUCUGGGCGACGAGUCCAUGAGGAAUCACAGCCUCCUGAAAGUCUGGUGCAAGUCCAGCAGCUUUGUGUCCUCGGUGAACGUGACAUCAGCUGCCGCCCAGAACUGCUCCACUGAACUGCAUUGUGGGAAGGAUAGUGAUCUCACCUGGAUCACACAGAACAUCAGCUCACAGAUCAACACAGAGAAAUGCCGGCAUCUGUUUGUGGACUCGGGUUUGUCAGACCUGGCGGUGGGGCUCAUUCUGUUAGCCAGUUCUCUGAUGGUGCUGUGCACCUGCCUGCUGCUCAUCGUCAAAGUGCUGAACUCUGUCCUCAAAGGUCAAGUUGCAAAGGUCAUCGAAGGGGUCAUCAACACGGAUUUCCCGUACCCUCUCGGCUGGCUGUCGGGAUAUCUGGCCAUGCUGAUGGGAGCAGGAAUGACCUUUAUCAUCCAGAGCAGCUCUGUUUUCACCUCGGCUAUGACUCCACUCAUAGGGAUUGGCGUGAUCAGUCUCAAUAGAGCGUAUCCUUUGACCUUGGGCUCCAACAUUGGCACUACCACCACGGCCAUCCUCGCAGCUCUCGCCAGCCCCAGAGAGAAGCUUCCUGCUGCAUGCCAGAUUGCCUUGUGCCAUUUUUACUUCAAUAUUUUUGGGAUUUUACUGUGGUACCCAGUCCCGUUCACGCGUCUGCCCAUCCGUAUGGCGUCUGCGCUGGGUGAACGCACUGCCAAGUACCGCUGGUUUGCUGUGCUUUACCUUCUGGUGUGUUUUCUGCUGCUGCCUUGCCUCGUGUUCGGCAUCUCUCUGGCCGGAUGGCAGGCCAUGGUCGGCAUGGGUGCGCCGUUCGCAGCGCUCACCAUCUUCGUCCUCCUGGUCAACCUGAUGCAGUCCCACAGCCCCACGCACCUCCCGAAGACCCUGCGCAGCUGGGACUUUCUCCCGCAGUGGAUGCACUCUCUCAAACCGCUCGACAAGCUCAUUACCAAAACAACGGCGCUGUGCUGCAGCCCGGCUCGACUUAAUGACCCAGAUGUGGUUGUAGUGACUCCAGACACAACAAACAUCAAGCCAGAGUCAAAGAAACAAAGCCAACAGUGGUAUGACAACCCUGCCCUGUCCUUACCUGAGGAGAUUUCCUCAGAGCCAAGAGUGUUUAGACUUAAAGGGCUAGAAAGAUGCAACAGCACGCCAUUGUAGAUGUGUAGUCUUUCCAAAAUAGACCAUCAUGGUCUAAAUGGCCAGUCGCAGAUUUAUUCUCUAGUCCAAAACCUAGUGAGCUGCUUAUGUAGACAGCAUUUUAAGACGGCAUAUGCAUGAAUGCACCACCUAAGAUAUUGUUUUGCGCAAAUUCUAAGAUAGAAUCUCAUAAUGCACUGCAACAAGCUCAAAUCUAUCCAAGAUGGCAGCCAAAUGUAAUUAAAAAUGGACUACUAUAUCUGUUUUUUUCCUAUGCUUAUUAGAGUUUAUAUGCAAAUUUAAAUGCUGCAUUUAUUUGAUCAAAAUAUGGUGAAAUAUUAUUACAAUUUAAAAUAUCUGUGUUCUGUUUGAAUACAUUUCAAAGUAUAAUUUUUUUCUGUGAUGCAAAGCUGAAUUUUCAGACACAUUACUCCAGUCUCCAGUGUCACAUGAUCCUUCAGAAGUCAUUCUGCGGAUUUGCUUCUUUAUAGCAGGUUUACUAGGUUUUGGAACAGAUGCUUAGUUUUACAUCUGGUGCUCAUUCAAAUUCUAAAUGCACUUUUUGAACAAAUCAGUCUAAUUGUAUUCACAAUAAUAUUUCCACAAUAGGUUCAGAGAAUUAUAUGAAGCUUCAUCUCGAGGCCAUUGUGUCUCUGAGGAAUCUGGGUGAACAUCUUUUGCUGUUUUGUCCUGCAGUCAUGCACGAAUGUUUAUUUAUCUGCAGCGCUAUGUAAAUCUCGCUGAAUAAGAGGUUUGAAAGUCUGCAUUGACAGACGGGAUCUGUAUGGCACAAACAUAAUAACUCAGGGCCAUCCCAUCAUGCCUUGUGCUAUUAAAUAUGCAGAUAUUAAAAUGCAAAUAGUUUGCUUUUCAUUUCCUUGCAUAAUGUCAAUGAAAGAAUGGACCACAUGGAGUAUAACUGGAAAAUAGUUUGUUUUAAGUAUUAAACCUUCUCCAGUGUUUUGCAUGCAAGUUCAUUUUAAAGCAAAUAUUUGCUCUAUUUUCCGAAUGUAAAAAUUGCAAGAAAAGUGUUUUGAUUUGGAGUAGUCUCCAACAAGAAACAAAAAAAAUUAAUUAAGGAUUUGUUCAUACAGUGAAAAACACAUCAUUAUAGAUAAAUGAUAAGAAACAUACAAGCAUACUUGUUAUUUUGUGGUGUAAUGUUCUUCUACCCCAGCAGGGUACUGUUUGACACAUUUGUUGUAUGAUGCACUCUGUUUCUCAUGCUAUUUUUUUUUUAAAAAGGUAUAUGUACAUUAUGCAGUAUUCAGGAAGUUCCCGUGUGUAAAUUCCCAGGUAGCGCCUCAUGCUAGGGUCGGUGUGACAGGCUGAGCGCUAAUUAUCUGGAGACUGUGGAGAUGACAUUUCAGGUGUUUUUAUAGGUACAUUGACUCACAGAAACGAACACAAACACACACAUAGUCUGCCAUUGAGAUAAAUGGGAAUGCUAAUGGAUAGCGCUCUCCGGGGUGUUAUGGACUUCCUUUGCUGAUACUGUAGUUAAUAGUUGGGGGUGUGUAAAAAACUCAUUUAAUAGCAGUGCCAGAAGGUAUGGAACAUGCAGACCACAUAAGGAAGUUUGAGGGCUGAGUGCAAGUAUUUUUCAUUUAAAUGACGGGCAUUGCCAUAAUAUACAACUUAAAACAAAUUAUAUGGUCUUUUACACUUUUCUGGUUCUGGAUAACCAUAACCUUCAUUUCACUUUCAGACGUAAAAGAGAAGUCAGUUAAAUAACUUACUAAAUUAGAAUAUUAUACUGCAUGUCCAAACAGCUGAUAAAAACAUCACAAUAAUCCAAAAGUAAUCCACACGACUCCAGUCCAUCAAUUAAUGUAUUGUGAAGUGAAAACUCUUUGUAAAAAAAAAACUUUAACUUUAAACUGUCACUUCCAUCUAAAAUAUGUCUAUAAUCCAUAAUAUUGUGUCCUCCAAUGAAAAAGAGCAUCUAAAUAUCCUCUCACCCACAUAUUUGUUUAGAACAGAUUUUCCUUGUACACAGAGCUUGAUCUGUGCACAUUUCUCUCCUGAAUCAGACAAGAUGACUCAUAAUUAUUCAACGGUUUAAAGUUAAAACACCUUAAUGAUGAUGGAUUUGUUUCAUAUUGUAAAAUCUUUUUUCCAACUGUUCGACCUCUCAUCCUGACGGCACCCAUUUACUGCAAAGGAUCAAUUGGUGAGCAAGUGAUGUAAUGCUGUAGAAACAAACCUAUCUACAUCUUGGAUGGACUGGAACAUUUUCAGCAAAUUUUCAUUUUUUGAGUGAAUUAUUCCUUUUAAUAUCCAUGGAUCAGUUCUUAGGACGCAAAUCCAACUCAAACAUUUUCGAUGAAAAAUUGCAGUUGAAUCCACAUCCAGGCUUAAUCUGUGAUCAUAAAUAGGGUCUGAACAAAGGCUCUUUUAUGUUUUAGGUCAGGGAGUCAAAGAUCUUAUUUAAACCAAAUGUUAGAGGGUUUUUCUUGGUAAAAACACAUAGAAACAUGACAUGUUGAGGCAGCACUGUAUCAUGUGUUCAUAGAUGGAAGAUUAAGUAGUGUGUGUGAAGGAUGUAACAUCAUUUUAAUUAACUGUCUGCUUGUCCAGGGCUUAUAAUGUGACUUCUAGGUACGCGAAUGAAAGCUCAAGAUAGGCUUCAGUCAAAUGAAAUGGAAGCAAUCAAGGUGAGAAUGUAUUAAAUGAUAGAAGUCUUUUCUGAGAGGAGGAAAUUGUGGGAUUUUUUACAUUUCUAAAUAAAUCUGUCACUGAUCUUUG